AUGCCGGAACCCCCCAGUAAAUUAUAUGUCCAAGGCGGGCCCCCUUCCAAGGUGGUGGUUCCAGUGGGCAAUGAGGCUAUGGAGGGAGGAUCUUCGGAUACACCGCCCAAGCCACUUCCUAAAAUAGCCGCACUUGGCCAGGUGGAAGCCUUUACUCUUGUUGUCUUAUCAGAGGACGAUACUCGUCGAGUGGUAAAGGCCACACCAAGCAAAUGUUUGUCUGAAAAACGAAACCCCAAUAAUGCGAGGAGCUACCAGUUAGACCUGCUUCUAAAGGAGUUCGAAACCGCAAUAAACGACAGCCAGUCUGAAAACAACCGUUUAUAUCUAAAACAUGGCCAUCUAGGCUACAGCAUCCGUGACACCUUCAAAGUCAUAAGGCGUCAAGAACAUUUGGAAAUAGCCCUUAACUACUUGUUUUCAAACAGAGGAAGCAAAUAUACUCUCGACUUUGAAUUCCACCCAGAAACCGCGAAGGAGAGGGGAGUUAGAGAGAAUGUGGAAAAGGCUACCCAGAGGACGCGAGUCUACAAGCUAAAAGAAGCUGCUCGGAGGACUGCUAUGCCAAGUGGAGCUGUUGCUAGUAUACAGCAGUCACCAGACACAAAACCACUACCACAGCCUACGGCGAAGACCACCAAAUCAGGAGCUUCAACUAGAUAUACGGCUCAUGCGAACGGCUUGAGGUCUGUUAGAAGAGAGCCAGCACCUACACCGAAGGAUAAAAAUGAAGUCUUUCAGGUGGCCACUCCAUCUCAACCUCCCACUUCUGCACCUGCAAAGGAUCCGCGAAGACAUGGCCCUAGGACUAAGACUCUGACAAGCCGGGUGCGACCAAUUCCUCAAGGGAAACCCUCUCAUGGUUCUUCACGUGUUUCUAUGCGAAAUAGAUCGCCGUCCUUGAAAUCUCCCGCCAGCUUGAGGCGCGCCUGGAAACGACUUUUUCGAAGGUCAUUUUCCUUUGGGAAAAGAAGUUCAGGGCUACGGGGGUCUGAUAAAUAUCAAGAACAGGAUGUUAGAUUCAAAUCUUUGUAUACAGAAGCGGGCAUAGAAACCUUUGUCCGGGGACUCAAUGGAGACGAAGAGUCAAUACCGACUCUCCGUGAGACUGAUACGGAUGUUAGCGAAGAUCCGCUCGACGUCGAGGAGGAGGCUUGGGGAGAUUGGUCGCGUUUCGAGUAUUUAAUGCGACAGCUCCACGCCCUGCAAAACUCAGAAGAACUAUCGCAGAUGACGGUGGCUGGACAAGCCAACCUCAGCCGGUGGCAGGAGUGUUGUCGUAUGUUUCAGAUCAACCCGGAUAAUGUUGGUGUUGAUGAAAGAGUCAAGAUUACCGGGCUAAAGAGUCAACUUUAUCAAUAUCAGGCCUUUGCAAUCUAUUGGCAGAUGACCACAUCUCGAAAGGUUGGGGGCGGAUUUGUUGGCGACGAGAUGGGGCUUGGGAAGACGCUCACUUUCCUGGCCUAUAUUGUAGUGGAAAGGCAACUAGCAUGGCUAUGGCACGAUGUAGCCAAGUCUCGGGAGAGUCGAGAUGGGAAGCAUCUUUUCCUGGAUCAGCAAGGCUUGGAUCAGGUCGCAUGUCCAAGUAAUUCUGAGCGCCCGAACUGGAUUGCAUGCCCUUGCGUGGCUUCCAAUCCUACUUCACAAAUGACAGCUAAGCACGGUGUCAGACUCGCUUGUGUUCCUCCUCCCCUCGUUCCGGUUUGGAUGUCACAAUGGAAGGUGCAUGUUGAUGAAAAGGAGACGGCGCUCGGGAUGAGCCUAGCAGUAGCUCAUCCUCCUUCCUUCGCUGUUGGAAGCCUGCAUGAUAACGAUGACGCUCGACGCUCCAGGAACGUAACGCUUUUGGGCGCGGCUAAGGUCAAGAUGCAGGCUGAAGGCGGAAUCCUCAAAGACUCUCCAAAGCCAAACCAGGAGAGAUUAUUACUUCUGACCACGGCGGAGGUAUACAAGAGCUGGGUUCGAAAAGUAUUUGAAUAUGAAACGACAGCAUUGUCUACCGACAAGUCUAGCAAAACACAUCAUGCGAAGGUAAAAAAUCGGGGGAUUGUCUUCGGCAUUGCAAUGAUCGACGAGUGCCAUGAGGAAUAUCGCAGGAACAAGGGAAGGUCGUCAGUUCUCGCUGAUCUUCCUUCCGCCGAAAGUCCAUUCCUGUGGGGCUACUCCGGGACUCCACUGUUAAACAGUCCUCGCGGACUGGAGGGUGUGCCAUGGGCGAUAGAAUCCCAGACGCCGAAAUGUGUUGACUCAAAAUCCAUGACCAAGACUGGAUGGGAGCAGGACCCCGAGAUGGAGAAGUUCAGCAAUAAGGCAUUGGACUAUCUUUGCACCAAAUUUGAGACCCAUAUCAAAGAGACCCACGGUUCCAAAAAACGUUCUCAGAAAUUUCCAGGCCAUAUAAUGCCUUUCCUUACCACGUUCAUGAUACGUCGGACAGCAGAGUCGUCUUGGUUUGGGCAUCCACUCGUUAGACUCAAACCACAUUAUCAUCACGAUGUUAAGCUCAAACAUAUGGAUCGCUACCGCGAAGAAUUCAACAAGUUCAUAAGCAUCCUCUGGGUUGAGAUGGAUACAAAACUUAAAGAUAUGCAGGCAAAAUGGGAUGCCAAAUGGGGUUCAACUCAUGAGUUGCGCGAUAGGCUGCACACAACGCGGCCGACGGAUGUAUCCCUCGGUAGUCGGUGUUGUGUGGGCUGGAAACUCCACAUAUUUCUCACAUUUCCCUAUCUUGUGAACCUUGCAUUGCUACCACCAGAUGACUGGAGCUAUCUUGAUUUCUCAGCCAAAGAGUGCAGCAAAUGGGCAUCUCCUUCAUCCGAGAAACGUAGUCCGUACUGCAAACGCCUCCGAAGUAUCGUUGAGAGCAGCCCAAAAUGCCUUUGGCUAUAUGUGUUCAUCAGAAAGUUGAUGCAGACGAGGGAUGUGAGCGGCCAGGAGCAAAAACUGGUUAUUCUGACCCGAUUCAACGCUGUAGCUUUGGUAGUGAAACUGUUCAUUGAGCGCUACAUACCGUCCACUGCCAAGCGGGUCGGCCUCGUUAUCACUGGCACACACCCUCGCCUCCGCGCGGCAGCGCUCGAAUCUUUCACUGACGCCCUGCAACCUAACGGGCAACGCAAACAAAAAGACAACAUCCAAUUCCUCGUUGGCACUACAUCUUUGAUUGGAAAAGGUCUUGAUCUCACCCGCGCAGCUAACGUUGUGCUCAUGGAGCCCGAUUUUGAAUUCAGGCGCGAGAUGCAAGCUUAUGCACGAAUCCAUCGCAUUGGACAGAAGAAUGAGAAGACCAAUAGUUGGAGGCUCAUUGUCGAUAAUAAGUACCUCGAGGAUUACGAGUAUCACAAUCCCGAAUGGAAGAUUGUUAGAAGGCAGUGGGAGAGGAGGGACCUUGUUGGACGUAAAGUUGAGGGUUAUUUUGGAAUUGAUAAUAUCGGCCAAAGUACUCCUAUUGAAAGGGAGGGGAAGGGCAAGGGCGCAGAGAUACAGAGCGUGGGGGAAAAGCCGGUUGGCCCUUUGGGGGAGACACUGUCGGAACUUUGUUAUUCCCCAGAUGAAUAUGGUAGUGAUGGUAGUGAUGGUAGUGAUGGCAAUGAGAGCCAGAGUGGUAGUGUCAAGGUAGGCGGGAGAUUCUUUACGCUGGCCUCUUAA